AUGGAAGGCUCCAGCUUUGGGAUUGACUCGAUUUUAUCCCACAGGCCAGUCAGCCCGGUCCUGGCCAAAGGAGAUUCGUUGAUAGGCGACUGCAGGUCACCCUCGGAGAUGAAAGGAGGUCUGAGCCCAGUAUCGGACAUGGGCAGCGAGCAGGACUCUCCUUGCUCGCCCGGGACCGAGUGCGGCGAGACGCCUCCGCCCCUGCCGGGCGCCGCUGGCGGGCUCGAGUCUCAGCCGCAUCCGGGGCAGCUGUGUGCCGUUCCCCAGCCCAGAACUGCCACCUCCUCCUUCCUGAUCAGAGACAUUCUGGGCGAGUGCAAACCUUUGGCGGCCUGUGCCCCGUAUUCCAGCAGCGGUCAGUCUCCUCAGGAAACGGCGCAUAAACAGGGGGAGGAAUUCAGAGACAAACUGGACAAAAGAGAGAAUUCUUCCUCGGACACAGAAUACAAAGUCAAAGAGGAGGCGGAGAGAGAGAUCUCGAGUAGCCGCGAGAGCCCGCCAGUCCGCUUGAAGAAACCCCGGAAGGCCCGCACAGCCUUCACCGAUCACCAACUCGCCCAGUUGGAGAGGAGUUUCGAGCGGCAGAAAUAUCUCAGUGUGCAAGACAGGAUGGAGCUCGCGGCUUCGCUGAACCUGACAGACACCCAGGUCAAAACCUGGUACCAAAACAGAAGGACGAAAUGGAAAAGACAGACAGCGGUGGGGCUGGAACUCUUGGCAGAGGCCGGAAACUAUUCAGCCCUGCAGCGUAUGUUCCCAUCACCUUAUUUCUACCACCCUAACGUCGUUUCCAACCUAGACCCGACUGCCAUGUACAUGUAUCGGGGUCCCGCCGCACCUCACCCCGUCAUCCAGCGACCCAUCGUCCCGCGAGUGCUCAUCCACGGACUGGCAGCGGGGGGCGAGCAACCACCGCCGCUUCCCGGUCUUGCAGGCGUCCUCCCUCGGCCGCCGCAGCCUCGAUGA